AUGUCGACCAAAAAGCUAUACGAGAUGUGUGUCUCAAUUGUGUCCAAAAUUGAUUUCAUUGUCUAUGAGUCCAAUUCAUUGAAGUGUUUGCCGACUAAUGUCUUGUUUGAUGUGUUAUAUCACAUGUCAUUGAAUGGCAAUUAUUACUAUUUGGAGAACUAUUUCAUUGAUUUGGAUAUUAUUUUCCGAUUUUUGGUUGAGUUGAAGGAGAAGAGGAAUUCAAUGCAUUACAUGUUUCAGAGUCUUAUGGACUUUGAUCUGCAGAUCGGGCAGAAGAUUGUGACCAAAUACAAGGUGUUGUGUCAACAGAACGGCUACCACAGCGUCCGAAGCGGUGAUCAGAGGUGUCUGAACGGGCCGUCUGUGGACAAGUGGACGGCAGCCAAGUUUGGUCUGUGUUUUGGCACUUUCCUGAAGGAGAGCGGAUGGUAUGACUUGAGUAAAGAGGUGUUCAAACAGGCCAUAGAUCUGUACAGUAAAGAGGAGCUGAAGAGCAACGAGAAUGCCCUCAAAGUGGUGUUUGAGUGCAAUUGGAAACUGCUUUCGGUUUUGAACUCGUUUUGCUAUUUCGACGAAGCGAUGAACCAAAUGAGACAAAUCCAGGACAUGAUCGACGAGUACGGCAUCACUUGCCAAACGAAUCAAUACAAUUUGCCUCAAGUGUACGGCGAGUUCGCACAGCUAUUCUUCUUCCAGAGUUAUUACAACGAGUCGUAUAAGUGGGCCAUUCAGGCCAUACAACUCCUCUCACCCGUCACUCCCAUUCUCACUGUCAUCGAUGUCUACAGACAGGCGGCCAAGACUGCGGUCGUGAAGCGAGAGUUCAAACGGGCCGAGACUCUCAUCAAUCAGGCCAUGAUUUUAUGCAAAGACACGUUCGGUGUGACCGAAGACCAGAACAAGUACACCAUUGGUGUUAUACAUCUAAAACUGGCCGACGUUUUCCUCGACUACGGCUUCUAUCUGUUGAAUGUGGAUCUCAUCAGCCAUUCGGUCAAACUCUACGAAAUGGCGCUCGAAAUCCGCGAAUAUAUCUUCGGUAUGAAUGACAACAGCGUUACGAAUCUGUUGAUCGCAAUCACUCACGAAGAAUUGGGUUACGCCUCGUAUGUUCAUGAGUACAGUUCUGGCAAUUUUUUGAACGCUAGCUUUCACGCCAACAAAGCCAUGUCUAUUGUCACCCAAUUAGUUCCCAUCGAACACCUACUGCUGGCUUCGGCCAAAAGAGUAAAGGCGUUGAUAUUAGAAGAGAUAGCUAUCGACCAUCACGACAAGGACGAGGAGCAACGAAUGCUGAUUCAAGCGCGUGAACUCCAUCUGUCGGCCCUCGAGAUGGCCCGCAAAGCGUUUGGCGAAACCAAUGUACAAACGGCCAAACAUUACGGAAAUCUGGGCCGACUAUACCAGUCGAUGAAGCGCUACAACGACGCCGAGUCGAUGCACUUGAAGGCCAUUCGUAUCAAAGAGAAACUGUUGGGUCCCGAGGACUACGAAGUGGCCCUUUCUUUAGGCCAUUUGGCGUCGCUUUACAACUACGACAUGCAGUCCUACGAAAAGGCGGAGAAACUCUAUUUACGAUCCAUUAGUAUAGGCAUCAAACUGUUUGGCGUCGGCUAUAGUGGCCUCGAAUACGAUUACAGAGGUCUGUGUCGUGUGUACUCACACCUGAGGAGUGAGGAUAGACUACACCUGUAUAUGAAUAAACUGCAUAAUUGGAAACACUUGCGCGACUCCAUCACCAAAUCGGUCCGCGAGUCGCCGCCCAUCAAAGGUCUCCACACUAUGCAAAGACUAUCACCGCAACAGAUCAUUGCACUCAUUGAACAACAGUCUAAUUGA